CGAUUUUCUACUUUCUCCAGAGACUGGUUCAAUCCCGAAUACUUCGGAGAGUCAGCACAUCGCUCAUCCUUCUCUCCAAUAUGAACACGAUGCCACGGAGGGAAUUUCAAGUUCACGACACCCUGUAUUUAAUUCCACAGCAUUCGCACCUCUACCGCUAGAGAUAGGGAAUUUCGGGGACGGCAUAAACAUCGACACUGCCCACGCUCCUUCAUCGCCAAUUUUUGAACGGAGGAUCACUUCUAUGGUUCCGCAUGAGUUGUUAGAAUAUUGUCGAGAAGGUGCAGAAAUCGACUUUCGUUCCUCUACGUCCUUCGGUUUAGCAAAGUUACCUCCUCCACGCAAAGACUCGAAUAAGCAUCGCGAAAUAUGUCGAAUACUACACAACCUAACAUCUAGCGGACAUCCCCGGAAACCGUCGUCUUCUAGUCUUAGAGGCGGCAUUAAGAAUGUUCGUUCACUCUGGGUAGGAGAGAACGAUGCGACUAUUAGGAGAUACGUUGAAGCUUGCUUCGAGAGUAACGCAGAUGUUCGAAUGUUUGUGCGAAAGGCAGAUCUCGACAAGCGCUUGUCAGAGGCACGAGAAACAUCCUCGGAAGCAGUCCUAUCAUCCCUCUUCAGCGAUGCCAUCAUUACAAUGGGACUUGAGUCGUUGCGAAACCAAGCUGCGGAAAGACGGGAUUCUUCGCUGAGUGAUACGGAACACCUUCAAGCAGCCUUGGAUGGAUGGCACAAUCUGCAUGAAGCGCGCAAUAGCCUGCUAAAACUUCAAACAGCUGUACUGCUUAGCAUCAUUGCCUCGAAUAUAAACGAUUCUAGGCUCCCCGAGAUCCUGAGCUUGGGAGUUCGCUGCGUUCGAGAUCUGCGAUUUACUGAUUCGAAUGUAAUCCGGAAAACGUUCAGACACGCAGACGAUCAGAAGCUCGCAAAACGCACCGUCUGGGUUCUGUACUGUCUAGAGACCAAUUCUUCUGUGCAUUGUGGGAUUCCUCCGUUACUCCAUUCCGACUUCAUAAAUCAUCUUCCUACGACGCCUGAUCCGGAAAAACAUGACUCAUUAGCUCUUCAGGUAGCGGCAGCAGGGCUACUUGCCAGGGGUUUUAGUCAUGUGCAUGGCCAGCCAAUGUCGGCAAAGACCACGAUGGAAUUGCAGGCUUGCGUAUCGGCUUUGGGGCAAUGGCGUCGGUGUUUGUCGGACCAUGAAAAGCACCUCAUCGUCGGCCAGCGAUUUGAGAGCCUUCACGAAGAGGACGAUGCCGCUGUGAUGCUACGUUUAUUCUGCUGUUACCACGAAUGCGUUUACCUUUUAUUCGCGCCCUGGCUCCCGCCUCUGCUGGACACCAUGUCACAAUCUCUUGGCCGGGAUCCGGAGCCACUAGAUUCGACAGCUGAUCACAAGUUUUUGUUAGCCGACGCACUUGGCAGGUGUUUGGAGUCAGCCUACACGAUCAUCUCUCACGCUAACGAAAUUGUAACCGUAGACAAAACAUUAGCAAGGCGUUUGCGUGGUUUAAUGAUAAUCUCUGUAUGUGUGAUCACUUACGGUGUCCAGUACGGAGAUCUGGAGAUGAGAAAAAGGUCCCUAGCUUACCUAGGACUUUGCUGCGGAACAUUCAGUGGCAUGUAUCUAGCCGACAGUUCGUUUCCGUUUGAGGAGAUAUUAGAUUUAGUCAGAGUUGUACGAUCGGAUAACUAAUCACUAGGUGGAAGUAUACAAUUACGGAUAGGGGUAAUUCGAAAUCAGGCGCAUAGGGGGCUGGUUGACUGGACAAUUGGAAAAUUCAUCACUGAGAAAUUGCAUAAAAACCAUACUUUAUAUAUUGAAUUCAUAAAUGGG